AGGAGUGUGUGGGAGGGAAGAGACAUCCUCGUUCCUUCUCUCUCAGCUUCUCUUUCACAACUCGCUUUGUUUUGGAAAAUGCAUUUCAUACAGAGAGAGAGAGGGUAAAAACGGAAGCUCAAAUACUAAACAGCUCAGAUACCAUCUGCCCGUUUCUGACCCACACACACACACACACACACACACACACAGAGAGAGAGAGAGAGAGAGAGAGAGCAUUGAAAUGACACAGUGAGUGUAGAAUUCAGAAAACAAUCACAAGCUCUGGUGGGAAAUAAAUGCAAAAGUUUGUACACCCCCAGGACACACAACAAAAUAUAGACAAAUAUUGUGUUCAAAGUUUGUAUCUCAGUUUCUGAAUGCAAUACAGCCUUUUUUCAUUCAUUCUUUCUUUCUUCCUUUGUCUUUUCUAUAUAAUUAUCUUUAUAUUUCUCUUUUCAGUCUCUCUUAUGUGUUCUCUUUUUACUUUUUUUUUUACUCGUUUUACUCUUUCUUUCCCUCUUUCUUUCUCUCUUUCUUUCUUAUCUAUAUUAUCUAUAUGUUUCUCUUUUCAGUCUUUCUUCUCUUCAGUUUUCUCUUUUUACUUUUGUACUCUUUUUCUUUCUUUCUUUCUUUCUUUCUCUGUACACAUUUCUUCUUUCUUUAUUUCUUUCUUUUCUAUAGUAUCUAUAUUUCUGUUUUCAGUCUUUCUUCUGACUUCUCUUUUUACUUAUUUUUACUCUUUCCUCUUUCUUUCUUUCUUUCUCUGUACACAUUCCUUCUUUCUUUCUUUUCUAUAUUAUCUAUAUAUUUCUCUUUUCAGCCUUUCUUCUCUUCUGUUUUCUCUUUUUACUUAGUUUGAGUCUUUUUUCCUUUCUUUCUUUCUUUCUUUCUUUCUCUGUACACAUUCCCUCUUUCUUUCUUUCUUUCUUUUCUAUAUUAUUUAUACAUAUUUCUCUUCUCUUCCGCUUUCCUUUUUUUUUUUACGUUCCUCUCCAUUCUGUCGUCUCCUCCCCGUCUUUAAUUCCUUUCUUUCUAUCCUUCUUUUACUAUCUUUAUUUCUCUUCACACAUUCCUUCUCUAUUCUUUCGUUAUUUCUUUCCUCAUCACAUCUGGUAACAGUCACUCUCUCAAGAGGUCUCGUGCUGAAAACCAUCGAUCAGCGCUCCUGCAACGCUGCUGCAACGUUUCUCCUCCUUCUUGACCCGGGGAAGUCGUGUGAGUGACGUUCCCAGAACGUUGUGGCUCAAACUAUUUUUAAAUCGAAUGCCUGCAUUGUUUUUACAGCCCCCUGAUUUGUGCCUGUGACACAUGGCGUAGGAGGACAUCCUCCCUGAUACAAUCGAGGACGUUGUUUACUCGUUCACUUCACGACGUUAGAGGCUGUACUGCUGUUGUUGUUUUUUCCUCCAGGAGUAAGUUGUUAAGAUAAGAAGGAGACAAGAAGGAUGGAUGGAUGGAUGGAGGGAGGAAGGGAGGGUUCAGGGGUUGGUGCACAGAGAGGGGCGUGUCGCUAUAAAGACAGCCGAGCAACAGUGUCCUCUCACAUCCUAACAGGAGCAGAGAACAGGACACUACAGACGCUUUUUCAUUUCUCAGGACAGGUACACGUCUGCCCUCAGCACAGAAUUUCAGCCAUCACUACAAUCAGUGUAUAAUGAAGACGCCAUUAUGGACUCUCCUGCUGAUGGGACUGUUUGUCCUCGGACGCAGCGACUGUCAGACAGACUGUCUCACCUGCAGCCAAAUCCUUCCCAAAGACCACGGCUUUGACACACUGGUCUGUACGGUGGAAUGUCACGGCGCGGUUUAUCCGGGCCUCACGUGGGAGAGGUGUCAGACCGCCUUGGAGGAAGAACCCCUGGCGUCCCUGUCCGUAGGAAACCCGAUGCCGAAAAGAGCCGAGGAGGAAGUGGAAACCGUCCUGCCGAUGGGUCAAUCUGACGGAGCUCUGACCUAUUCUGGAACCCUGCAAAGGUUCGACCACGUGGCAAGAGCUCUGGGUUUGGACGAACUCAACCAAGAGAACCAAAUCUCCCAGUUUAGCACGGCCGUCCAGCCUCAGUAUGAGCAGGAAGAACACGACGCUGCGGACUGGGAGAUAAAAAGCGACCAAGAAGGCGAACCAGUGAACCUCACCAAACGUUUCGGAGGGUUCCUGAAAAGCAAGUACGGCUACAGGAAGUUCAUGGACCCCGGCCGGUCUAUGCAGAAGAGAUACGGCGGAUUCAUAGGCGUCCGCAAGUCGUCCCGCAAGUGGAACAAUCAGAAACGCUUCAGCGAGUUCCUAAAGCAGUACUUGGGCAUGACCACUCGCGCUAGCAAGUUCAACAGCGUGUCCACUGACAUCAUCCGGCAGAACAAGGUGUGAGCGUCGCCGUGAGCGCUACGCUACAUUUCCACACUACACUUCCCCAGCAAAGCCUUCAUCUGUUAAUACACUUCUUAAUUCACCUUCAUCAAAAAAAAAAAAAAAAAAAAAUGACCUCUACGAAAUGGUAGCAAAUGUAAGAGUCCUUGUUUAGCCAAGAACGUUUUAUCAGGAAAUGUUAUUUCAUCAGUUAUCAGAAACGUAACUGUCGGAUGAUACUGGUACCAUGCUUCAGUGCAAAUAAAAAAUGCCAUUAAUAGUGGGAUCUGACAUUAACCUUAAUAAAGACUUUAAUCCCAUGAAAGAAAGCAAAAGUAACGUUGGGGGUGUCUUAUCUUGGAAUUUGCUUUGCUAACUAUAUCUAUAUACGGUAUCUAGUGCCCUAGAUAUCCUACGUUCACACUAGCAAGUCUCUUACAUUGCAUGUAAUUUGUCUCUUGUGGGCGUGGCCUGUCCGGUAAUUGUUUUUUUUGUUGUUGUUGUUGUUUUUUUUUAGCUCAGAUGAGAAACGCUAUUCGCUAUAGACCGUUUCUAAAGUGAACUAGAUAAACGCAAAAUAAAUAAACGCACUAAUCGGUGUGAAAAUCGAAUCUCUUAGGCUACGUGCUAGCUUCUUUGUCAGAUUAGCAAAGCAAGCUAACUGUACUAGCUACGUACACUCGACGGAGGCGCAGACGAUCUCGGCUCCUUCCUUCCCUGCUUUAUUUUUCUUUGUAAUAGAUUUUUCUUCGUAACGCGUGAUGAUCACGAGAGUUCACGUAUAUUUAAGGAUAAGAUGAAAGCGCGUAAUUUGUGCGAAAGGGGGAACAAAUUACAGGCAGGAAGUAAAGUUGUGAGCGCGGAACUGAAGGAACGUCGGAUCGCGCACGUCCGAGGAAUCGUUCGAGCCGAUCGUCGUAGCUCAUUUUGAAGCGAACUGGGAAGAUUUCAAGGCAAAUGGCGGCUGAAACGGCGGCUCGGUGUGGUGGACGUAGCUAGGAAAUAAUUCCCCUUCAGGUUUAUCGCUCGCUCGUGUGACUAUUCGGCGUACUCUCGAAAUCCCACGAUGCACUGCAAUAGGUUAGUGUGCAAAGAUACCCAAGGAGAUUGCAGGACACCAAUAAUGCAUGCUGUAGUUUGUCGGGAAUAGGACGUGCUUCGGAUACAAGGUGUACUCACUAAAGCUGGGAUCCCUGUACAAUCACGACUGUUUUUUUUUAAAUAUUCAUGAAUGAUUUAAAAUAUCAUAAUUAAUAAUAAUAAUAUACAUCGUCUAGCACUUCCUAUGAAGGUCAUAUUUCAUACGGUAUUUAUAGCACAUUCAUACUGUACAUCAUUAUACACAUCGUCAUAAUAUAAGGACUGAUGAAAAUACAUUAUGCUUUAUAGCCGUCCUCGUUACGCAUUAUGAAUCGUCGGCAUAAUGUCAGUAGUAGUUUAUAACACAUUAUAAUCCCUUUAAAUGAAUUAUACCAAAGAGUUCUUUUUUUUAAAAAAAAAAUCGAAAUUAAUGCUGAAAAUUGAUAUAGAGCUGCAGCGUAGAAAUUGAUGUAAUAAACAUUUUUGUUUCCAUUAUAUCUCACAGAUAUAUACACGUUAUAGCUUAUUAUACUUAGGCUAUAACAUCACAUGGCGGUCAGUGUAUAAUCAAUCAAAUCAUCUCUGACUAAACAUUCGCUAAACAAACUAAAGCUGAAUUUCUUUAGCACACAUGGUGAUAUAAUGUGUUAUAAUCACUCCUUAUGAUGCAUUUUUAAUACAUUAUAAACACUGCUAUUAUAAACGUAUGCCUUUCCAUAUAAAACAGUGUGUAUAACGCCCUGUGAUGCGUGUCAUGAAGUGUAACGUGUUACGAAUGUAUUCAUAGGUCAGUCAUACUGUAUACGCGUACGUAUGGCCUUCGUGGAAAGCGUUAGCCGUCGUUCGGCGUUUCGUUUUUGCUGAAUGAUGGAAUAACAGAAGUUCUUGGUGGGACUGUAGUUUGUUAAGACGUCUAGGAGAAGCAAAAUUCUAGAAAUUUCCGCGAGGAGAGUAGGAUCUUUAUACGCCGAUACACUCUUAGAACAGAAACGGUUCUUCGACGGUUCCUAGAUGAGUUCUACGUGGAGGAGGGACAAGCUGGAGAACCCUUAAGCGUUCUAGAUACGAACCACACUGACACCUAGAGGUCAUUUAGGCACGGCGAUCCGUCCUCCCUGCCAAUCACGAACACCGCCGUGUAAUCGGAUUCUUCAGUUUCACUGAUGAUACAGCGCCGAAAGUCCUCCGCAUCUGGUUUUUAUUUCCUUACAUCGGGAAAUCAUCAAACACUUGUAAUUAUAUAUAAUUUAAAAAAAAAGAA